AUGGAUAUCGUCAAAUUUCAUAUUUUUAUUUUCAGAAAAUUAUUUUAUUUAUUAAAAAUGCAUUUUCUUUCGCCUGAAGUUCAACUAGAUAUAUUUAAAUGGUUAACUUUCAAGCAAUUAAUAUCCAUUCAACAGACAAAUAGUUUCUAUAAAAUUUUUCUGAAUAAAUACGAGGACAAAUUGGCACGGAAAAAAUUUGAUAAACUCGAAAUUCUUUAUGGCAACGAUGGGAGUUCAAGUUAUUAUGAAUUUUUCGAACCGGACCCCACACUUUAUGAAUUUCAAUUGAGUGAACAACUCGAGAAAAAGUGGAAAUGUGCAAUAGAGAACUCAAUUCCGAUGUUUUUAAGUGAUUUCGAUACAGACAUGAAUAUUGCUGUUUGCGAAUUGGGACAGGAUAGUUAUCACGAAGGUAGUUUUAUAAUUAUUUGA